UUGAGUUUCAGAGCUUGAGCCCUGCGUUGAACGUGCAGCGACCCGAGAAAAUGUCGUCGAAGAAUUCUUUGGCCCCGCCGCUCAAGGCGAUGCCCAUGAAGGAUCUGAAAGCGUUAGCCACCAAGAAACUGGGGGUCUUUGCAACCAAGCACCUACCCAAAGAUACGAGCUACGUCGUGGGACUUAGGUAAUUUUCUGCAUCGUUCUUUUUAUGUUCGCGUUUUGUAGCAGUCUUGUUGUCGUGUGGUGCGCGCUCAUCCCUUGCUACAAAACUAGAGAGAGCAAGAGAACAGCUCUAAUUUUUCGAGUAUCCCAUUCGAUCGCGCUGUGCUAUCACAAAAUAGUAGUGGAACGCGAUUUCGAGAUUGCAGUGGGACGCCGAAUGUUUCGAUGCAGGCGAUGUGCAGUUUCUCUUCAAAUCGUUUCAGUCCACGAUUUUCGGAAUUCAUGGUCCGAGAGCUUUUGUCCACAAACUCGCGAGCGACCACGCUAAGCUUUAAGCGAGAGGCUCGUGCCUGCGUUCGCGAUCUUGUUCCCAAAACCUCGCGAACCGGCGAGUUCUGAAAAUGGUGGAUUCGUACCGAACGCGAUCUCGGGCCUUGCCUUUUUCUUCGUGUUUUGUGCACGGAAUUCCAAUAUCCGGCGCACUUGAUACGUUGGCGUGGAUUGUGACAGCAGCAUUGUAGGCUAGGGUUUCCGGUUCUGAUGAUCGCAGGUUGGUUGUUUCGAAGAGAUCACGCAGCGCUUGCUUGCGGUCAGUAAGGCACCAAGAAAACCAUUCGUUUUGGGUAUCUGGAAUUGUACGAUCAUGUUUAUGGCACUCCUUAUUAAGCAUAGCUCGUGGCGUUUAUAAACUGCUGCUGCCUUUCUAAAUGAUCUGUUGCAAAAAGCCGGUUCCCUGCGUUAGUUAUUACGUAAUGAUAUGUGUCGCUCCUCAAUAUUUGUUUUCUGGCACACCCUUGUUAGGUAUCAAGCUAGCUUGGAAACUGCUUUACCAUUUUUUUUUUUAAACUUUGGUGUAAAUGUAAAGCUUGUAAAAACUGACAUUUUUUUUUUUUUUUUUCAUUAUUUAUGCAGGUAGGAGUUAAGGGAGAGAGGAGAUUCAUUUUAGCUCUUGCUGGAAUGAAUAGUGGGUAGACCUAAAGCUAGCUGCCUUUUUCUUGACUGCACUCGUCGAAUGCAUUGGAAUGCAGAACUCCAGCAUCUGGCGUUUAGCUUUCAAAUUUGAAUAUGUUCAACGAGUGCAGUGAAGACAAAGGCGGCUAGCUUUAGUUCUUCCCACUUAUCAUUCCAACCAGAGCUCGGUGUUCUGACGUCCCCACACACACUCGUCUCCUCCUCGUCCUCAGUCUCUGUCCGUAUAGGCUGUGCUACUUCUCUUUGUGUGAUUUUAUCUGCUUAUUUGUUACUGUGGACAGGCUGAAGUUCUGCUUGUCUUGGGUGACAGUAGUGUCUGUUAACACUGGAUUCGCUUGGAUCCUCUGUAAUUCAAAUUCAGUUUAUUUUCUCUGUAUAUAUGUGUACAGUGCACACAACUGUUAAAUUGGAUGCGCAAAUGGUGGCUGAAACUGGUCAAAGCCGUUGGCGCAAAAACUGGGAGUGGAGCAUCCACAAGAAACAGUGGCAUGGGAUUGCCAUGUCACACCAGCAAGUUAUUUCUUUGGCGGCUGCUGGCGUGUUAUAUUUAACAGUUGCACUUUUGUGCAGGCAAAAAGCUAACACUUUGAUUUGAUCAGGACCACCCCUGUUUUUUUGGCAGAGGCGCAAACAGACAAUCAUAAAAGAUUAAGAAAAAAAACACAUCCAUGCAACAAAAGAAGGAAUCGCGCUGUGGAAAUUGUUUGUAAAUACACUCACUGUGAUUCAGAUGCACUCAGUCUGGAUCAGUUGGUUUGCAAAACAUUUUGGGUGCAAUGUGUUUUUUUUUUUUAUUGUAUUGUUUAGAUGGGAGGUUUUGUCAUCUGUGUUACAUGCUUGUGGUGUGCAAGGCAUGCGCAUAGUUCUGUCUCAUGUUCUGAAUUUUUCUUUUGGUGUUCGUCUGUGGUACCUAUUAUUAGAAGCCGACAAAAGAAGGCUGAAAUUAAUGCAAAUCACUUGAUAUGUAGUCCUUACAAUGAUUCAAGGAGAAACGGCACUAAUGCAACAUAUAUACGAGGGAUGCACCAUAUUGGGGACUCCAGCGACCUAUAGGGGCACCCACCACCAAACAAACAUGGCGGCUGAGAACAGGUCGCGUCGGCUCGGCCGGGCCGGACCGGGCCGCCUGAACGGGUGGCGCGUUCAAUUUAACAGAUUUUCUUUUGUUUAAUGCCCUACUUUAUAGGUAUUUGAACUGCGACGGUUAAGUGUAGCCGGUGCACAUAAACUUGCAGAGCAUAGUUUUGUUUUCCCAGCGCUUUAUGUUCUUUUCAUGUCAAACUUUUGUUUCAGAGAUUUCGUUCAAAAUCGAAACUAUGGGCUCCGGAGAGACGGUAAUAGACUCCAACCAGUUUCGAUCAGCUAAGGAAAGCGGCGAUGACUACAAGAUUGUUCCACCGAGAGUAAUUUACAGCUAACUCACAUGUCUCGACCAUGCGACUUAUCUGUCCGCGAAAUCGAGCUUUUGUAUGUAUCCGCAUUUAAGAAACAGUUCCAGUCGUCUAUCCGGUCAACAAGACAGGCUGGAGGAAAAUUACGAAAAUUAAGCAAGCACUUCUUGAGCCAAGGGGCAUGUUAACCCACUGGCGCCCCACUAAGCACCUGAUAGUCGUAUUUCAUUUCAGGUUUUAGUAGCAAUCGAGAAGUCAUUUUGUUGAAUAUGCGGGUUAUGUAUUAUAUUUCUUACUAUGUCCCACUAAAGCGAUAUUAGUAUAUUCUUCGGGUUGAGAUAUUAGUUUAGUUGGCUAGGUAUUAUAGGUGAGUUGCUGACUAAAAGUAUAUUUGACGGACAGAGAGAUACUACUUAAACUCAGCCAAAUGGAUUUAGCCGGCAGCACGGAGACAAAUGCGUACAAGCUGAAGAGAGUCUUCAUCAGAGAUUCACGCGGAACCUUUCUGGGCAUUGAACUUGACUUCGAAUCUUGAACGGAGAAAUCGAGUAUUUUUUUGUGGCCGGACAACCUGAGCAAUGUAGACGUAUAUUGAUGGUGGCUUCGACGGGGGUAUAAUUAUUGGAGGCGUGAUAGAUCAUAAUGUUGUGACAGCAUCUAACUUGGCAAGAUGCGUCCCCCACCUUAUGAAAGCAGACAAUUUCCCUCAUUAAUCGUAUGCAGCGAGCAGGUUUUCCGGAAUCAAGUAAUUGCAAAAUCAGCCCAACUCCUUCGGUGUGGUCCAGAGGCUUUUUCGGUGAAAAGCAGCCAAGAUGAAUAGCCAACGCACCGACCGGCGUGGGUGGCUCAAUCUUCAAGCUAGUUGAACGCAACUAAACUCAAGAAAAGCAGCUGUCGAGUCUUCCAAUUCACUUGACUGCAACAUUGGUGUUCCCUCCAGUGAAACACCUCGUUUGUCGUCCUCAGUCCACUGUUCUACAUCCUUAUAAAGAAACCACUUAUCAGUUACCAAGUAGUCGUCACUUUGAAUGUGAUUCGAGACCGACAAGCAAUCAAAAGCUUUUUUUCGUGAUUCCUCCCCAUCGAAGAAACCGAAAGCACGCUACCGUGUGUUGUGGAGUAAACAGGCUUUGAAACACAUGAUGGAAGGAAACAAUCUUCUGAGGCUUCACCACACUAAUAAACACUCAGGCAAACUUGAGAAAUAUUCGGACCUUCAUCAAAUUACAUUGUUCGCCACCGCGCCAACAACACAUGUCGGCGAAAGCCGCAAGAGACGUGAAGAGGCGCAAAGCGACCUGUUUCGGCUGGUACCCGGUUUUCCCGCUUGGUGGCGCCCGUUUUGCUGGAGUCGCAAAUUGAUUUACACUUCCUUUUUUUUUGUUUUUUUUGCUGCAGAUUCCAGCCACUUGAAGGUCGGUAGAUGUGCCCACCUUCUAGACAUAUUCCUCCCGCAGCACUGUUGUUUGUCUACCUUCUCAUCCUUGACCGUGUCUUUGCUCUGCUUUUUAAUUUAUAACCAUGAAAUACCAACUAGCCGAAAUGUCAACGUUAGCCUCCUUCUAGAGCUGUAUGAACUUGCACCACCGGUGAUAGCCUUUUCAUGCCCUGCCAGAGCCGCUUUUAGGAAGUGCAUCACACCCAUGCCUGGACAGCAGCUUCCAGCUCAUCACUGACCACGCUGGGGUUGUUUUCAUGAUUCCAAACAGACAAUAAUCACUGGGGGCCAGGACUGGUCGUAUGAUGCUCUGAAAAGAUGUCUGAACCUUACCAGGCGCCGGUCAAUCAUGGUGUUGCAUGCAUCUACAUGAAAGGAUGACUGAUGCUUGUGAGGAUGACUGGCUGGCGCCUAGUCGGGUUCAGCCGUCUUUCUGACGCGUCGUACGACCCAUUGGUGUUUGGACAUGGUGUGUAUGGUGGCGUGACCUAGCCCCCAGUGAUUAUUACUUGCUUGGGGCCAUGGAAAACCACUGCAAGAAUGUCGUUUUGUGAUCAUUGAUGAGCUAAAAGCAGCUGUUGGGCUGCUUUUAGCUUUUAGUGUUUGGCAAAGCACUUCCAAAACAUGAUUUUGGCAAGGCUUGAAAAGGCUGCCGCACCAGUGAUGCAAGUGCAUUCGGCUCCCGGCAGAGUUUUGUGAAGGUGGACAUAACUACCGACCCUGAAGUGUCCAGUAUCUGCAGCAAACAAAUGAAGUGUAAAUCAAUAUGGUAGGCCCUUCAUAUAUAUGUUGGUAUCUGUUUGGAGAGACAAACGAGUUUUUGUUGAAAGAUGGUGUCAGCUGAUCUGGUUAAGUAGGUGUGUUGUGUUAGUUGGUUAUACUGUUACUAAUAAUUCGUUUCCAGUUUCUUUGCUAGGAGUUGUGUGCCUAUUGACAGGUGGAGGGUCACUGCAUUGGUGCGAGGCACUUCAUUCGUAUUCGGUCUAAGUAUUCCUGUGUGUGGAAUCUGCAAACUUAGAUGAGGGUGCCACUUGUUAGAGGAGCCCUUUCUAUGUUUGAAAAGGACAAGCUUCUCAAGGCUCAUCCUAGGGAAUUCCAGAAACUGAUCACCUAAACCGGUCUUGCUCACAUUUGGUUUCUAAUUAUGCAGCCAGUCCAUUACGAACAGCAAGAUCGCCGCAGCCUCCUCUGACAACAGCAUCUACCUUUAUGAUGAAUACCUGAUGCAGAAGGGGAUCCUUCAGGACAAGAUGAAGGAGGUGACGGGAGUGCGGUUUAGCAUCUCGAACCCGAACCUGGUGUACAACUCGUGCAGGGAUGGCAGCGUGCGUGUUUGGGACCUUCGCAACAUUCGACACCCUGUCUCCAAGUUUGUUGCCAACACUGACGGCAAAGUGAAGCCCCUCUCGUGCUUCGACUUCAACUGCAAUGAACAGUUCCUUUGUGCUGGCACUGACCUCUAUGACGACAAUGCCUACCUGCUCUUCUGGGAUUUUCGAAGUAACAAGAUCCUGGGUGGUUACUGGGAUUCUCACAAUGAUGACAUCACGCAGAUCAAGUUCCACCCGUCGAAGCCGAACCUGAUGGCCUCUGCUGGCCUGGAUGGCUUGGUCAACCUGUUCGACAUAAGCCAGACAGAUGAGGACGACGCUCUUCAGGCCACGCUCAACUGCGAGUGUGCAAUUAAUAAAAUGCAGUGGGUGAGGCAGCGUUCUGGAGAGGAGCUGAUUUCCUGCAUCACCACCGAUGAAGUAGUGCAGAUUUGGAGCCCCGAUGAGGUGACACCGCGGAAGUUGAUCACCCGUGCAGAUUUGAGCUCCACAUUCACUGAACAUGUGCAGAUCGACCACAUUGUUGACAACCUCAUGUUUGAGGAGAAGAUGUAUACUUGUACUGGAUCCUCUAGGGGCCUGGGCCUGCUUUGGAAUGUGACCGAGGACAAGCCGGAGCUGAUCUCCGUCCUUUGGAAGGGUCACAAGGACCUCCCCAGGGUGGCUACAUUGACAAAGUACUUUGUGGUGACUGGGGCAGAAGAUGGUAAUGUAUGCAUCUGGAGGCCAGAAUCUGAGUGUCCGCCCCAACCCGAGGAAGAGGAAGAGGAACCAAUGGAGGAAGAAAUGCCAGAAACGCCAGAAAGAGUGGACAAGUCUGACAAGUAUGACAAGGACAAGUCUGACAAAUAUGAUAAAGACAGGCGUGACAAGUCUCGUGACAAGUCUCGCGACAGGUCUCGCGACAGGUCCCGGGACAGAUCAUCUCGUGACCGGUCUCGUGACCGGUCCCGCAACAGGUCUCGCAACAAGUCCCGCGACAAAUCCCGUGACAGGUCUCGUGACAGAUCUCGCAACAAGUCUCGGGACAGGUCUCGUGACAGGUCUGAUCGGGAUAAGUCGGACCGUAGCAAGUCAGAUCGCAGCAAGUCUGAUCGUGACAGAUCCGACCGCGACAAGAGUGACCGUGACAGGUCCGACCGUGACAAGUCCGAUCGUGACAGGUCUGACCGUGAUAGAUCCGACCGUGACAAGAGUGAUCGCAGCAAGUCUGACCGCGACAAGUCUGACCGCGACAAGUCCGACCGUGACAAGUCCGACCGUGACAAGUCUGAUCGCGACAAGUCUGACCGGAACAAAUCUGACCGCGACAAGUCUGACCGCGACAAGUCUGACCGCGACAAGUCCGACCGCGACAAGUCCGACCGUGACAAGUCCGACCGUGACAAGUCCGACCGCGACAAGUCUGAACGCGACAAGUCCGAUCGCGACAAGUCUGACCGCGACAAAUCUGACCAUGACAAGUCCGACCGUGACAAGUCUGAUCGUGACAAGUCGGACCGAGACAAGAGCGAUCGCGACAAGUCGGACCGGGACAGGGUGGACAAGAAUGAAAAGUCUGACCGAGACAGAUCGGACAAGUAUGAGAAGUCUGACCGGGACAGAUCGGACAAGUAUGAGAAGUCUGAGAGAGACAGAUCUGACAAAGACAAAUCGGACAGACAUGACAAAUCAGAUCGGGACAAGUCAGACAGGCAUGAGAAAUCGGACAAGUCAGACAGGGACAAAUAUGACAAGUCGGACAGGGACAAGUCUGAAAGAUCAUCUUAUAAGAUGUCAUCCUCAGCGAAGGAGAAGCUAACCUCUUCUCACAACAGCAAGCCAUACUCAAGAUAGCAAGUUUGCCCGUAUCGACAGAGAAGACCACGGCGGUUUUUCACACAUCCCCCAGUUUCUUUCUGGCUAUCCGCACGUUCUUUCCUCUGUAGAGUUCAUCAUUGUUUUGUCACUUGCUCAUGAGUGUAAAAAGUCAUUACUCGCAAUGCUGGUGCAGUUCACCCUAUACCCUAAGUACGAUGUCAUUUUCGUUUUCUCUUUCUGUGAUGCAUGUACCUUUGAGGAUCAGUAAAAGCGAUUGGCUCUGUCA